AAAGCACGUUCAUCGUAGUGUGAUAUGGGAGUGCAGAUGAAAUGGAGCUGAACUGAUCAUUUAAAAAAAAUCGCUCUUUUGCUGACUGUGCAUGAGUUCAUGAAUGCGUCCACGAGAGACCGGACGGCGCGCUCCGUCGAGUGUUCCGUUUUACCGCGGUCUCCGCCCGCCGUUUAGAUCACACACCGCAACACACGCGCACAGGGUGAAACACUGAACCAAAAACAUGAACUCAGGACCAUCUCAGACAAAUGGAGUAACAUUUAAACUGAAAAAGAAAUCUUGAAAUUUGCAAUUUGCUUUCUGGGUGUAGCUCUAGGCAGGUAUCUUUUCUCACACCUGGGAUACGCUGACAGGGAGACCAUCUCUAGAGAAUGAAAGCCCAUGAGGGAGACCUGGGGAGAGAGAUCUCUAAGGUUCAUGGGAUGGUGUGUGAGUUGCGUGCGGGGUUUUCUCGUGCGCUGCUGGAGCUCAAUCAGAUUCAGCAGGGAGACACUGAGCUGCAGAGCCAGCUGGAGGACACAAGGCAUGGCUGCAACAAGCGUGCUCUUCACCUUGAAAGUUUGGUGCUGUCCCUCAAGGAUGAGCUGGAGGAGGUACGAUGUCAGUUUCGUCAGCUCUGUGGGGCGCAGGAAAGAAGACCACCGGAGAAUCCAGAAAGAGAGAGUAAUGGGGUUGAAAACAAUAGUGGACAGUGUGACGCUGCAGCACUCGCUCCUCCCUCUUCAUCUGUGGAUGGAUCUCUCCUUAUAAACUGUUACCUGCAAGGCUUGCAAGUUUGGCAAAUGACCAGACACAGUACAGGCCCAGAUUCCUUUUCCUGCCACGUGACGCAGAGCAGCUUACGCAGGGGCAAGAGGCGGAGUGUGGUGGAGAUUCUUUUGCGAUCUGAAAGGGAAUAUGUAUCCAGUUUGAAUCAGCUUUAUGACAAAUACAAAUCAGCACCAGCCAGCACAACUGAGAAACAUGAGGAGUUUGUAAAGCAUGUUGAUCAGAUGCUGCAGCGCCACCUGCUGUUCCGCAACACACUGGAGGAGCGUCUAACCACAGAUGAGAGGAGCUGUGCAGCUGGGGAAGCUUUUCUCAACCUCACCGGCCAACAUAAUAAAUCUUUCUCUGAUGCAUAUAUUGGAUACGUGUCUGGUUUGGCCACCAUCCUAACAGCAGAGUUCACCCCAACUGUACAGAACAAAAACUCACAGGAGAACUUCAAAUUGCUUUCACUGCUGUUUGCGCCUGUUUCACGCAUUCACACGUACCUGAACAUCAUACAGGCUCUGUUACACAGUUCUGGUGCUGGCCAUGCAGACUGGUGUUCACUACAGGAGAGUGAGCGGGUGUUGUUGAAUCUCUGCACAAGCUGUCGCAUGACCUUAGAAAAGGCGGAGCUAUGUGAAGAGGGGGCGGGGCCUGAACAAGUUUUGAGAAGCAGGUGCUGUGCAGAGAGCCCCGACUGUGGCCCUUCCGCCUUUACCAAGUACCGUGCCAAUGCCAGUGCAGAUACAGCCAAUGACACAGCGGGCCCAAGCACAGACAGCACUUUACACAAGAGAAAGUUCUGUCUUGUUGGCCUUUCACGGACGCUACCUCGGCCCAGUGGCAUCUUAAGAAAUGCCCGGGAGUAUAUGUGUGAACCGCCCUCUAGUGGCUGGACUGCACAGCACAUGUGGGAUGGCAGCACACAGCAGAGCCAUACAGGUCCUGUCUGUGUACCUUUUCCACCUUUUCCUCAUCAUCCCUUAGAGACCGGCCGGUUUUUAAAUCCUGAACAGUCUGCUGGUGAAGAGGGAAAACUCACCACUGCUGUCAGAAGUCCAAACGCCUCCGCUGGUCUUGCUGUACGUGUGUGUGGGUCUCCAGGGCUCGAUGGACGCGUAUACACAUCUGACCCACCUCCUCAUCGCCACGAUGAUGGGGACACAGACUGCGACUUGGCAGAUGCGUCCGUCUUCGACUUCUCUUCCGUGACGACCUGCAGCCCCGAUGACACUCUCAGACGGCUGAGAGGGGCAGAGGCGUGUGAUGAUGAGGAAGGCGAUGAUGAAGACAGCGAGAUUCCAGUUCUCCUCAAACCAUCCUACACUCAUAACUCUGGAGCUGUGCAGGCGGGGGGAAGCUUAUGCAUGCCGUGGCAGAUACCCAGACGGGUUCCUAUUCCAUCCGAGGUGCGAACUGGUCUACAGGGGAAAACGCGCAACCCAAAAAUACACAGAACACCCAUCAGUUCCCACCCAUCGACUAUCGACUUCCGGCCGAUAUGGGGCCCAACAUAUUCACAGGGGGAUGUAAUGCCUGCAAAGGAGAACUCUGUGACGUUUAGUGCAACCAAUCAGAUCAUUAGUCAGCAGCAAGAGACUGACCAAGCACGGACUUCAUACAGAGGUGCUGGUGUCCAGAGAGCUGAAGCAGUGUGGCGUGAGAGUGAAGACAGCGAAGGACCCUGCAGUACAGUCUGACACCCAACCUUAAAGGGAUAGUUUGGCCAAAAAUGAUAUUAAACCCAUGAUUUACUCACCCCCAAGCUGUCCGAGAUGCAUAUGUCCAUCG